AGACCUAAAAGGAACUCCGUGCGCCGCGCGGCCAGGCCACUCCGUGCAAUGUUACGCGUUAAGGUACCCCCGUGCGUAGCCAGUGCCCGGUCUCGAGUCUCGCUCCUCGCGUCGCGCCCCAGGUCCUCCCGGCGGACCGCCUCGACGUCGGCCCAGUGAUCGCGAUCGCCGCCCUGAGAUGGCGCACGGCGUGAGCGAGAUGCUCGCCGAGGGGAGCACCGUGAAGACGCUGGCGAAGCACCACCAGCAGGCGCCCCACCAGCCGCGACAGCAGGGCCCCCAGGUACCCCCGCGGCACCCGAUGCACCCGGUGCCCCAGCCCUCCAGGAAGACGGUAGGCGCGAUGGGCAGCAGGCGCAUCUUCGCGCCCGCCUUCAAGCUGCGCGUCCUCGACUCCUACCGGAACGACAUCGAUUGCCGGGGAAAUCAACGCGCAACGGCCAGGAAGUACGGGAUCCAUCGUCGGCAGAUUCAGAAGUGGCUGCAGUGCGAGGAGAACCUGAGGAGCAGCUGCACGGACAGCGUGGCGACCGCGCCUUCGACGCCCGCGACGACGUCGGUCUCGACGCCGGCGCCGUCGUCCGCGUCCGUUCCCUCCCCGGACGCGGCGGAGGCCGGCGCGGGCGGCGGCGGCGUGACUCCAGCAGCGCCGGCCUUGAACCUCAGCCUCGCCAGACUGCACGGCGACGAGCCGCCCGCCCGCCAAGGGCCCCCGCCAGUCCCGGGCGAGGCCCCCGCGCGGCGCUCCCCCUGCUCGCCCCGGUACGGCCAGCCCUUCCGGGACCCUCGGAGUCGCACCGCGCUGCAGGAGGACGUCGACCGCGGCGCCGACCCCGCCGAUCGGGAGCGCAAGUUCGAGCCGACCUCGCCGUCUGGCGCCUACGGCUCGCCCAGCGAGGUCACCGAGGCCUUCCGCCAGUCCCUGGCGCAGUUCCGGCAGGAGUUCUACGCCGGCUGCCUUGAGGAGGCCCUCGACGCCGCCCAUCGCCGCCGCCCAAGACAUCGUCACCGGCAUCGUAAUUAUAUUAGCGAUAGCGAUAGCAAUAAUAAUAAUGGCGGCGGCGGUAACGGCGCUCGUGUGUACCGAGAGGCCGGCGGGGACGCGACGCCCGCGAUAAAGACCGAGCCAGCUAGCCCAGACUCCGCGGCGUCGCCAGGGCCGCACGACGAGCCCGCAGCGCGCGAGGCCGCACGAGCGCCGGUCGAGCCAGGGCCGGCGCCCUUCUCGCCGCCGGCUCCGACGCUGCCGACGCUACCCACACUGGCCGGGACGACACCGACGCUGGUCGCGCUGCCGACAUCGACGGUCGCCCGCUUCGAGCCAGCCAGCCCGGAGCGCACCCACGGCCCGAGCAGCGCGGAUUCCGAGAAGCCCCCGCGCCGCCGUGCGGCCGAGCCCGAGAACGGGGAGACUAGUCGACGCCACGCGGAAGAAGAGGAGUACCGGGAGAGGGGAAUCCCGGAGGCGGAUGGAGACUCGGACGUCGGUCGAGGAGCUACCAUCGAGGGACCUCGAGGAAGCCCCAGAAGUCCAGAUAGCCCGACUCUUCUGGAGGAAGGUUUGCAAGGAGCGUCGAAGAUCAACAUAGAGGCCGCGUACGCCGCGCCCUUGUCGCCCGGGAGCUCCGCCAGGUCGAGCACCAGCUCCGACAGCGAGAUGGAUCCUCUGGACUACUCGUCCGGGUCGGCGAAUCCUGCCGACCUGGCGCGACGUCGCUCCUUCUCGCUGAGGUUCAAGCUCGACGUCCUCGACGCCUUCCAUCGGGACGUCGGUGUCGCUGGGAACCAGCGCGCCACCGCCAGGAAGUUCGGCAUUAACCGGCGCCAGGUGCAGAAGUGGCUCAGCCAGGAGACGGAGCUCCGGGGGGAGAUCGCGCUGCGAGGAGGGAACUCCCGGCAGCGGCUGGGACCUGGGACUCAGGAAUCCGGAGGGGAGUCCGCGGUGGAUCUCAGAACCAGCGUCUCCGGAAGUGGACCGGACGUUGACGUAGACUCUCCGUCCCCUGCUGCGCCGCCAAGAAGUCUGCUCUACUGCUGCGACCUGACCUCGUCCAGCCGACUGGGCUACUACAAACAAGUCGUGGACUCCACCGAGGUGCCGUCCAGGUGCACCCUGUCCUGCUGCGCCGAUGCCGGGGCCUCCUGCUAUCAGGACCCCUCGUGGAGACGCUCCUGCCAUCCGGAGACCCGCGGUGUUUUCUACUGCUACUCGCCUAGGGAUGGCCAGGAGGCCCCCUCUGGCCACGCCGAACCCCCGGAAGUCGUCAGCUCGUCGCUGAAGAGGGUCUGCACCCUUUCCUGCUGCUACGAAGGCGCGCCCUCGCCCAAGAGGAUAUGCCUCGACGCGGAUGACGUCCACGUGGUGUCGUCAGGGUCCGAUCUGCCGCCCCAAGAGGCGCCGCUGUGUCUCGUCAAGCCCAAGAGGAUCGGCCAGGCGUCCCCGCUUCAGGUGGAGCCCGUAACCAGCACCGUCCCGACGCCACCUGCCGUCCCACCGGCGCCCUCCAAGAAGGACGCCAUUCUCUUCAAGCCCUAUCUCGACAAUCCCAUCGCCAAGCCUGCGGAUGAGUACGCGCUGCCCAACAACAACAACUGCCACGGUAUCUGUAAUCUAAACGAGGACAGGGGACACGACUACGCCCUGGAGCUCAGCCUCCGGAUGCCGGUGUCCUGGAGGACCCAUCUAGGAGACCCCAUGGAACCAUACACCAACUGCUUUCCCAGAGUGAGGAGCGCCUUCGUUAGGUAUCCCGCCAGUCCACAUUACACCUAGGUGUCUUAUCAGCGAGAUCGAUGCCGCCACCCUUCCGGGUCUUCCUCUUGGUCGGACAUUUUUCACUUUCUUGGAUACGAUCCUCGGUUUAGAGAAAUGUCUCUCUCUAACCAGUCUCUCGGGUCUUUGUUUCCACGUUCAAGGGGAAAACGGUUUACCCGGUUUUACUGCACGCUGCUAAUCAUCCUACGUUUUUAUGGUAGCCAAUCGCAACUAGCGAUAGUGGACUCCGUCGCGCUUUUCGCUAUUCACUCGCCAACGUCCCACUACGGAAGCGGGAUAAGACGCAACUGGCGGCGUAACGGUUGCCAUUGUCUCUCGAAAAUGUAGGAUGACUAUCUCCGUGACUAUUAAUGGCAUUGAUUGAGGUAAAAGUUGAUGGUUGCCGAUGCUACCGAGUCGCGGCCUCGGCACGAUUAAAUGGCAUUAUCCAGGGUUAGCUCGGCAUUCGGAGAAAGUAGCGUAAAGCUGCCGACAGCUUUAACCCUUUGUCUCAGCCCUCGAUUAUCCUGAGCUAACCUGGAUGUCACUCGAUAUUUCCAGAUCUUACAACCGCCCGACCAGUAACAUCGGCAUCCGGUGUAUCCGCCCUUGAGCGCACGUUGCAUCAGCAACUAUUAACUCUUUCGCCAUUCCUAACCUCGCCACCGCCACGGAACCUCGAGUUUUGCUACUUUAACCUCAAAAUCGGCGAUUUUUCUCUUUUUCAAUUUGAAGUCACGCCUUUCGAUAAUAUACCUAGUGUUUUUAAAUUCUCGAGGAUUUAAAUGGCAGAAAUCUAACCGAGAAUGUUAGAUAGAGAAUUUAAGGGAAUCUAAGAGAACUGAGAAUGUUUAAUAUAAUUUAUUACCUUUAUUAAGGUAUUAAAUUAUAUUCACGAAGUCAAGGCAUUUCUUAGCUUAAAAUACUGCUCUUCUAAUUAAUGAUUACUUCCUUGCUCGUAUUAAUUCCAAAAUGCCCCAAAGGGUUAGGAGGUUAGGUUACUCGAUCAAUUGUCUCUCGUCCAUUGGAAGUUGAAAAAUUCUGGUACUGGACAUUUACGAAGCUUUCAUCUUUAAAAAUACAACUUAAUUUUUCACGCAGCAUAGUAAUCCCUCGUAGUUAGUUAAAAUCAUUGAAAGAGACUUGAACGUCAUUAAAGAAAAGAAAAAUUCAAUUCCCACAAAUUCUCAUAAAUUCCAGGAGAAUUUAAUCACUCGUUGUAUUCUCGGUUAUAUUAAUACAAGGCACUAAAAGUUCUAAAUAUACAUUCUCCUACCGGUUCGUGGCGAGUGGUUUUAGGAACGAGGGUCGCCAUGUUGGAUUUUAACGGAGGCUGAUUGGCUACUCCUGAUGGACCUUGCUUCUCAUUGGUCGGUUACUCAGAACCCCUGGGCAGCGGCCAAUCAGCGUCCAGGAAAAUCCAAGAUGGCGCCUCAACCCUGAGGAAUGACCCCAGAGCGAAGGGCUGGCUUAAAUCUCGAUCGGCCGUACGUGAUCCUCGCCACGUAGGAUCAUAUCGCGCGCUCUUAUCGACCGUCCCGAUCGGGCCGGAGAGUGACGGAUAAAGGGAGGGAAGGAGAAGCCCGGGGAGCAAAUCGAGAUCGCGAUAAAGCACUCCCGGUCGACCUCGGGCUCCUCUGAUAAAGGAACGCCGUGCGACCGAAAGAGCCACCACCGUCGAGUCGUCCAUCUUGGAUUGUCGACACCUUGGCUCCUCUUAGCGCCCUCCCCCUCUCUCUCUCUCCCCCUAUAUGUUACUCUCUUCGCCCCGCGGCUUUAGCUCCGGCUCUUCUCUUCCCGCUGCUUUAUCUACCAGAUUAGAAGAGCUCCCGAGCCUCGCUAUCGACUAGGCCGCUUAGAGGUCGCCUCCGUACUCCGUGCUAUAAUUACGAAAUUAUGUCAGACCGAGCCGGGUACGUGACGAAUCGAAGGGCUUCGUGGAAGUGCAACGAGUCCGCCGAGUGCGUCAACUAAGCAGGCCUUCCGCGAAACCGCGCUCGAUCGUGGACCAGAUUUGCGGGGAAUCGAUCUUCGACGACCAGGAAAUCGCGACAUAGGGAUGUCCCUUGGUAAACGGGCGAGGGACCGUCAGUGGUUACGCCUCGAAUGAUAACCACGACGCCCUGAGCCGCUGAUAUUAGGGACAAGCCAAUGUAAAAUAACUCAGAAUUUUUAUAACUACUAUAUGAAAUAUUUCCUUUUAGUUUUCUAAGCCUUGAUUGGCACUUGUCAAGCUUGAAUUCAUCCCUUGAUAAAUGCGCGAGGGAUUAUAGUUCAAACGAAUACCACGAGGCGCUCGGAAAUGAGGUUAGGGACGUCCUAGUGAAAAAUUGGAAUUUUUUCAGACGGUGGAUUUUUAUAAUUAUUACAUGAUAUAUAUAUUUUUUAAAGCCUGAUUGGCACUUUUCAAGCUUGAAUUUGUCCUUUGAUAAACGCGGGAGGGAUCGUCGCCGAUCAUGGCUCGAAUGAAAACCAGGGGCUCGAAAGUGAGGUUAGGGACGUCCCAGCCUAUAAAUCGCUAAUGAAUCUCCAGAACACUGGAUGAAAUAUGAGAUAUUUAUUUUAUUUAUUUUUUGUUUUGUCUUCGAAACGAGCGCCGUUUUACCUAUCCACGCAAAUUGGCAAGUGACUUUCCAAGGGGAGAAUUCAACUUUUCGGCAGUCGAUGAUUUCGAUUACGCGUCGAUUUCCUGGCGUCGAGACGAAUUGAAUAUUGCUCAAGUAUAACCACUUCCAUGCGGAUUAAAACGACCCUUUAAAACGGCGGAACCAAAUUCGCGGUGACUCGCCGCCUUCUCCUGCCUCUUUGACCUGGCGAGGCUCACUCUGGUGGCCGACGGCGAAGUCCCCGAUGCGCGGCCAUUAUGCAAGACGGGCGAGUAGUCUACUUAAACGCGGACUCUGAAAACGAGAACGAGACACCGAAGAUCGCUCCACUCUCACAAGGAAGGUAUCCCAGGUCGAUCUCUCCGAUUUGAUUUCUUUUAUAAUAUGUUAUAGUAGACUAAAA